GGGCUGCGCGCCUCCGUGUCCAUACGCCGCGUAAAUAUUUACGUAAACUUUAUAAACUUUAAAAAUCUCGCGAUUUUACUUAAAAAAUCUGUGAAAGUGAUUUGAUUAUAAAAUACCGGUUAAAUAUUGUAUUUGCAAUUGUUAUUUCGCGAAAAAUAUUUUAAUCAGCUGUGUCAUUUGUUAAGAGAUACAUCGUUUUGUCGCCGGUCAUCAAUUCGCAGGAACCUGUGGUCAGCAGCCUUCUUCUGUUGCAGUGUGAGCGGGUGGGCGCGCGCACAGUGGCCGCGCCGCCAGACCGCGCGCACCAUGCUCAACAUGAAACUUAAAGAGCGCCUCGCGCUUGCCCUAAGCGCCUUCCUCGUACUUUUUACGCUCAUGCUAAUUGUAGACCUACAAAUGGACUAUGGCAUAUCAGGGCAUAGAGUACCUUUGCAUGGUCGAGUGAAAAUAGGCGACGACACUGAUAAAGGACGAUCCGCGUACAUUGAAUUUCGGAAACGUUUUCUUCAGAAAAGUAAUGGCAGCAAUGGCUCAAGAGAAUACGAGCAAUCAGCCCCGAGUGAGACGAGUGGGAGCGAUGUUGAACUUCGUACUCCAGCCACGCCGGCGGAUCGUUUUGAAGACUUGCAAAGAAUACUUCUUCUACAACUUCAAGGCAAAGCUGACGACAAUCCUGUUGUGAUACCCCCACAUCGCGAUUUAAAUGUCUUAAGGCCUGAAAACCCGACCAUAGGUGAAAUGGAAGAUUUGGAGCCCAGCGUAAAUGCAUCGAAUUUAGAAAAAUUCCAGCUCAAAAUUGCACAACAUGAACUUUACGAAGACGGAGAGCCGCUGGUUGGCGCGGUACUUCAAGACAUGGCUACAAUCCCAAUAUUACACGUUGAACAAAAAGAAGGCGGUACGCAAUUGAAGCUUAUAAUAGAUUACCCCAAUGGUGUCCAGGCGUUAUUCAAACCAAUGAGAUUCGCGCGGGACGUCCAAACAUUGCCUAACCACUUCUACUUCUCAGACUACGAGCGCCAUAACGCUGAAAUUGCAGCUUUUCAUCUCGACCGGAUUCUCGGCUUCCGACGAGCGAUGCCAGUCGUGGGCCGAGUGCUCAACAUGACAACUGAGAUCUAUGACGUCACUGAGGGGGACAUCCUAAAGACUUUCUUCGUGUCGCCUGCAAAUAACUUUUGUUUCCACGGCAAGUGUUCUUACUACUGCGACACGGGACAUGCUAUCUGCGGGAAUCCUGACAUGUUGGAAGGAAGUUUCGCCGCUUUCCUGCCGACUGCGGAUUUAGCUGAACGAAAGGUUUGGAGGCAUCCGUGGAGAAGAUCGUACCAUAAGCGAAGAAAAGCUCAAUGGGAAUUACAAUCUGACUACUGUGAUACGGUACGCACGACCCCACCCUACGACUCUGGGCGUCGUCUUCUGGAUUUGAUGGAUAUGUCUAUAUUCGAUUUCCUUACCGGCAACAUGGAUAGACACCACUACGAGACUUUCAAAAUGUUCGGCAAUGAAACUUUCACCCUACACCUGGAUCAGGGCCGCGCGUUUGGGAAAGCCUUUCACGACGAGCUCAGCAUACUGGCGCCGCUACUGCAGUGCUGCCUGGUUCGUCAUACAACGCUUGCUGCGCUGCUCAAGUACCAUAACGGCGUUCCUCUAUCAACAGUUCUUCGGGAAUCUUUGAAAGCUGAUCCAGUGGCUCCUAUUUUAUGGGAGCCUCAUCUAGCAGCUUUAGAUCGACGUAUAGUCACUGUUCUGGACGCAAUUAGGAAGUGUAGAGACAAAUUAGAAAAUCCAAUACUGAAUGAAGUGAACGAUUUUGUAUGACCGUAGCCAGUUAAAUGUGUUGGAACUUUUGAAGGAUCAGUUUGAAGACAGUGAUAACAGUGUGAUAUGCAAUGUUACGAAGUGCGGUGUAAGGGAAGGUGCAAUUGAUAAAAAUGACUCACUAGUCGAACUCUCGUAUUCCUGAUUUAGAUAUAGGAAGAUUUCAAACGCAAACGCAGGUCUUUGGUCCAGAAAGACUAUUAGAAUUAAGUUUUCGUGCCAAAGAUUGUCCAAAUGAAAUCUUGAAAUUUAUUCAGCAUAAUCUUUUAACCAUUCCACUGAUUAAGGAGCCAUGUUACAUGCCAAAAAUUGAAAAAAAAAAUCGUGUAAAUCUAUCCGUUUGUACAAAUCUAUUAAAGCGACAAUAGUUUGUGUGAACACGUGUUUGAUAUAUUAGCUUAGUUAUUAUAAAUUUUUUUGUAUAUUUUGAAAGUUGAAGUCUGAAACAAGCCUAUGCUAAGUGCAAACUUUGUACAUAAAUUAAAUGCAAAUUAGCUGUUAUGUUUAAGAUAACUCAAUUUUUCGUUGUGAAUCGGUUACCAUAGCUCGAAGCUCAAUAAGACAUAUCGUAUUGCGGUUCUUCUGCAAGUGAUAUUUAUAUAAUAGAUGUUUUUAUUAUCUGUCUCUGUUGUUAUAGUACUCGUUACUUUUAGAAAUUGAUAAUGCAAUUAUUAUUAUUUUUUCAUUUAUAUUUUAGAUGUCUGCUCUAAAUUUAUAUGAUUAAGUUAUUUGCGCCGCGUUUAUUGCGUUUUUAUUUUAAACUAAAUAAAUGUUAAAUUUAAGUUCUAUUAGUAAUUUUAAAUUAUUUGUCGAAUUAUAAGUUGGCGUUAGUUAAAAUUAUACGUUAAUUUUUCUGGAAUAUUUAUUUAUUAAAAUGUUAUUUAUACUUGAAUUAAAUAAAACAUAAAAAUUCAAAAUAGUUUUUAUAGCAAACGCUUUCUAUGAAUUAUACCGUAUUUGGAAUGAUAUUUCGAAAAAGAUCUUUUAUUACAUAUAUAUAAGGUGUGUUCAAGUAGCAUUCUUAAAAGUUAACGUUAAUUAUUAUUCCUACUUAAAAUUAUAAUUUGAAUAAGCUUAGGAAUGGCAGUGUCAGUUAAUAUGAGGCUUUAUGUGAAACGCAGUUGGAAAUAGACGACUUGCCAAAGAUGUACCUACAUACAUACAUACAUACAUAAUUGUGUUUAAACGUUGUAUGAUAUAUAUGACGCUACUGUAAUGCGUGUCUGUUGAUUGUUAAUAAACUUUUAAAAAGUAA